CUACGGUACUGGUAGGCGCAAAUGGCAAUGCUCAAAGAAGUGAAGAAGAAAACCAUUGUGAACAUUGAUAAUUUUAAUACUUCCUGUGCUUACUUUCGUGGACAAUUCUUGUGUGACUAGUGCAUUGAAKGGAAAAAGAUAACAAGAUGGCCAGCCAAUGCCUAGAAGACAAGGCAGAUACCAUCAAAGACUUGGUGAAACGAAUCAAUGUGCCACAGACGCUGUCGUCGAAUCUUGGGCACCUCAAUGAGGCUGGUGGUGUGAAGGGUCUUUUAGAUCUCGUAUCAACGCAUCCGGAUCAUGGUGCAGCGGAGAACUCUAUAGAAACGAGACGCGAGUUAUUCGGGUCGAACGUUCUCCCGUCAACACCACGGCAGAGUUUCUGGCAGCUUUUUGUCGACACUUUUGACGACGCCACGUUGCAAAUUUUGAUCGUUGCGGCAAUCGUUUCGUUGGCUAUUGGCAUUUACGACGACCCAGAAGUCGGAUACGUUGAGGGGAUGGCAAUCCUUUCUGCCUGCUUGGUGGUCUCGGUUGUCACUGCCGUGAAUGAUUAUCAAAAAGAAACUCAGUUUCGUGAACUUAGUGCUGCUAACGACGAAGUCGAUGUGUUGGUCAUUCGCUCCGGCAAGUUUCAAAAAGUCCCUGUGGAAGAUCUUGUAGUAGGCGACUUGAUAUCACUAGAGGCUGGCGAUUCAAUUCCUUGUGAUGGAGUCGUCGUUCACUAUGAUGGCUUGGCAGUUGACGAGUCUGCACUAACAGGUGAGCCAGAAGAAAUUGAGAAAGAUUUUACAAGUGAUCCGUUUCUCUUGUCGGGCUGUACCACCGUUGCAGGUUCGACCCGAUUCGUCGCUACUGCGGUUGGACCAAACUCGCAGUGGGGUAUCAUUAAGAGUCAUUUAGAGAAAGAACAAGAAGAGACUCCUCUACAAGAAAAAUUGGAUGUUAUGGCAGUCAACAUCGGACAUGUUGGAAUGGCGGCAGCAGCCGCAACUUUUAUUGCCAUGAUGUGGAUCAAAAUUUUCAUUGAUCCAGAAUACCUCAAGGAUGUGAGUGUUUUCAAACAUGCGCUCGACGCAUUCAUCAUUGGUGUUACCAUUGUAGUAGUCGCUGUUCCAGAGGGAUUGCCCCUUGCUGUUACAAUUUCACUCGCCUACUCCACAAAGCAAAUGCUUCGCGACCAGAAUCUGAUUCGUCACUUGACAGCUUGCGAGACUAUGGGAAACGCUACCAAUAUUUGUUCCGACAAAACGGGGACUCUGACAGAAAAUAGAAUGACCGUUGUUCGAGGUGUCUUUGCGGAUACAAAAGACACUGAGUGCAAAAAGCCCCUAGGUAUAUCUAGAACUGCAAUGAAUGUCAUUCUCGAAGCCUUUGCUUGCUGCUCAACUGCUCGCAUUCUUCCUGCUGCACCAGUUGUAGAUGAAGAAGAAAACUACGAUAUUCGACCUCAGGUUAUCGGUAGCAAAACUGAGGGAGCAAUGAUCCUUCUGAGUCAGUCAGCCUGGGGGAACAACGACGAUACCGACACACGUCGUGAAGCAGCCAACUUUGGAAAGGAAGGCGGCAGUCGGCUUUUUCCAUUUUCUAGCAGCCGUAAACGCAUGACAGUGUUGGUCAAGAAGGGAGGAGAAAAUGUUACCAUGUACCACAAGGGAGCGGCAGAAAUAAUCUUGGCCAACUGUACCUUGUAUUUGGAUGCUGACGGGUCAGAGAAGCCUAUGACAUCAGAGAAAAGAAAAUACUUUGAAAACAUUAUCAGCGAGUUUGCGGAAGACGCGUUGCGGUGCAUCGCGAUAACACACCGCAAUCAAAUUGAAAACAUUACAAAAGAUAUUUCGAAAAUUUCUAUCGCAGACUGCGAAAGUCUGAUUGAGAAGGAAAUGUGUUUGGAUGCGCUUGUUGGUAUCGCUGAUCCACUAAGAGAUGAUGUAGUCGAUGCAAUUGCCGUGUGUCAAAAGGCAGGAAUUUUCGUCCGCAUGGUCACUGGUGAUAACAUCGAGACAGGUACGUUGAUUGAUCCAUCUCACGGAAAAAUACAUUUUAAACAUUUCUCUCACCAUCCAUUUUUUCAUUUGUAGCCCGAGCGAUUGCUAAGCAGGCUGGUAUUUUGACGAAAGGUAUGUGUAUCGAGACUCGAAGAAAAAUUCCAAUGGUAUGCGCUGGGUUUCAGCUCUUUCCUCAACAAUUCUCUUGUUACAAUGUGUUACUUACUAGGGGGUACGGCGAUGACGGGGGAGGAAUUUCGAAAAUUGACUCCCGCAGAAUUAGAUCGAGUCCUUCCCACUUUGCAGGUCUUGGCGCGUUCGAGUCCUGAAGACAAGCACACUCUUGUUCAGCGACUGAACGGAGGGCUGAUGCCCGAGACGGAAGAGGAAUGGCUUGAAAGGCAUCCUGGAAGAGAUUUUGCAACCGAGAAAGAUCUUCUUUUGCCCGGAUAUAAGGAAGAGUGGUCGAGGUCGCGCGGUGGCGUAGGGGAAGUUGUCGGAGUUACAGGAGAUGGAACUAACGACGGUCCUGCGCUUAAAGCUGCUGAUGUGGGAUUAUCCAUGGGUCUCUCUGGCACUGAUGUCGCAAAGAACGCCUCUGAUAUUAUCAUCAUGGAUGACAAAUUUUCAUCGAUCGUAAAAGCUGUUCUUUGGGGACGAUCUGUCUUCGAUAACAUUCGCAAGUUUUUGCAAUUUCAACUAACUGUGAACGUCGUCGCAUUGACCAUCACAUUCCUUUCGGCUCUAGUUGGUUAUGAUCCUCCUUUGAAUGCAGUAAUGAUGCUAUGGGUGAACCUAAUUAUGGAUACAAUGGGAGCUCUUGCGCUUGGAACUGAACCUCCCAAGCAAGAACUGCUUGAUAGACCACCCUACAAGAGAAAUUCCAGUUUGAUUAGUCUUCCUAUGUGGCGCAACAUUCUGAUUCAGUCAACCUACCAACUGACACUUCUUGUCUACCUCCUGAGCAAGGGACCAGUUCUGUACAGUUGCGAAGACGGUUCAAUUCAUCAUUUUACGAUUAUCUUCAACGCAUUUGUCUUCUGUCAAAUUUUCAAUGAGUUCAAUGCACGAGAAAUUGGAGACAUCUUUAACCCCCUUGGUGCGUUAGGAGAAUCUCCAAUGUUUGUGCUAGUGAUUAUCUUCACAGUACUUUCCCAAUGGUUUAUCGUUGAAUAUGGUGGUGAAUUUACGCAGACAACUCCCCUUUCACUUGAGGAAUGGAUAAUGACUGUUGGGUACGGUGCUUUGUCGAUUCCAAUCGGAUUUUUCAUGCGUAUAUUGCCUGUGAGUGAGGAUCCAAACUCGUUUGCCGGUCUUCCAGGAAAACUGGACGACGUGAAAAUGGGCAGCACGUCGUGGUUGCGUUUCCUUUUCAUUGUAUUGAUGCCAAUCCUUGCAGCAAUAGUCUACCAACUCGCUUGGGAAGUAGAGGAACUAAAACACUAAUCAAAACUUUAAUCUUGCUGCUGUUGAGACUUGAAGUAUCCAGGUUUGUGCCCCCCACUUCAAUGCUAUCCUAUAGCACCACUGUGAUGAUAAAGGGAAGUUUAGAUCUUUUUGCUCUUUUCUUGUUUUUUGCGUUGCUCCACUAUUGACAGCAUGCCUGCCAUUGAUUCUUUUGCUCUGUUAUAGUAGCUCUUUGGUUCUUGCUAGUCAGCUACUAGUUAGUACCAAAUUGUACCGGUUGUAUUAGAAUGUGAUCAAUUUGCUUUGUACUAGUAAUUGACAUGCACCAGUAGGGGUACUCAGCUGACAAACCAUGUACUCAAAAGGCACAACUUCAAAAUCCUCUCAGGUGCUUAGCUCUACUGAUUGCAUCUGGGCCCUCUGGAACCCACGUGCAUACCUGUUUUUGAAUUCCUCCCCUCCUAGAAAAACGUGGGUUAUUCUUGGUAAAAAAUAACCCAUGUUUUAGUAGAAUCAUGACUAGUUACUUCAUGCUGGAAAAAAAAAUAAGCCACGUUCUUUCUAAAAUGUGGGUUAUUUCAUUGGAAAGAACCAUGGAGGAACCCACAAGAAAUAACUCAUGACUUUAGAGUCAUUGAUGUUAGAGGAGAACCAAGGAUGCUAAGGAUUUUGGUCAUUAAUGUUAAUUAAUUACUGUUUUUUCAGAGGAGUGCUUGGUGUACCACUACUAGUACUACUAGUACUACUAAUGAACAAAGAGUGUUGCAGCUACUAAAAGUAGUAGUACUAGAGCUUGAGUCUUACUAGUGGGAGACACCACAUAUUUGUCACACGCCAACUACACAGACGUAUUGGUUGUCUGGUUCUUGGUGUCUGGUGGUGUAAGUUGUUGUUGUUGUUGUUGUUGUUGUUGUUGUUGUUAGUACUAGUUAUAGUUAUAGUUAUAGAGUUACUACUAAUAGUAAUUCAAUCAUUUUUUCAAAUAACUUUUUUUGCACAAGCAGUAUCAUUGUGUCAGCACAAGGGCUCUCUACUAAUGAAUAUCCACUACUAAUGUGGACACAAGAAUGCAAGCUUAUUUCAGAUGUAUGCAACAUCUGGACCAGGUGUUUGAUGUAUUCCUAAGCCAUCAAAAGUAGAUUUCAUUAACUUUUUCCCAUCAUGUGUUGCCAAAUGUUGCCACCCACAAACUUCAGAAAAAAUAAAUUCUUUCUUUGCUACUUCUAGUACACCACUGUACUUAAUACAUCCCUCUCAUCACACAAGAUUCCUGACACCAGGAGAUUGAUGCUGAGUGAUAUUGUUGUUGCAUUCUUCUUCAUCGUCAUUGCUGUUGUGUGCUUCUUCUUCAUCACCAUCUAAAUACAUGUGUGUACCAGCAGGAGGAAUUUUAGUGGGACUGGAGAAGAUGUUCCAAUUUAUCCUGCUCCAGAUCAGAUGAAUCAGAGAGGUCAAGGUCAAUGAGAAUUCUUGAAUUUUGUUGAAGGGAGCAGUAUAGAAGUAUGGGGCAUCAGAAAGAAUUCCAAGAUAACUGUUUGUAUCACCACUGGAAAACUGCUGUCAUCUUGGGAGGGGCUCCUACUGUGAGGAGCGUGUGGGCCAACACUACUAGUACUGUUGUCAGAUAGGUUUGCAUUGCAUGAACAACAACAAUUGUCAUCAGCCCUGUCCUCAGCAGAAAAAGAAUCAUCAUCAUCAAUCAUGGUGAUAUGAUUUUUAUCAUGGUAAAUAUGAUAGUUUAUGUGAUAGUUCACAUGCCAGUUUGGAGUGUUUUAUAUUUUCUUGUUUGGAUAUUACACUACUAUGCUGAAGAGAGAAAGAAAUGAACAGAAAAGAUGUUAUACUAAUUGUUUUAAUUUUUUUGUUGGUAUUUUGGUCUUAUUCUGUGUAGGAUUUGUACUGCAGUCUCCUACACAGGUGAAGAGAGUUGGACUGCACACUUGUCUUUUGAGCACAAUUGAUUAAGUUUGAAUGAAGAACUGAAGAGGUGACAGCUUGCUAUGAUAAGGUUGAUUCAAUGAGUGUGUUAUAAAAGCCACGCAUUCUUGUUGUACUCAUAACCUAUUAGAAUAUGGUAGUCUUAAUUCGGAGCUUAACUCUUACUCGGCCUGUGUAGCCGGUACGUUCAAGGUACGACGUCUACAAGUACUCGUAGUACGUACGUACUCGUACUGAUAGUCCCUCGCUCAGCAAUUGUGAAGGUAGCAGGUGUAAUCUGAAUAGAAGACUGAAUAGAAGAUUCCUGAAGAUUCAUUCAUAUUCAUACCAGGGUACGGAAAAACUUUCGUUUGUUUGUACUGUAGUACCGUACGUUACGGAGGAGUCUUGAAUGGGGAGGCGCAGAUGGUGUCAUGUCAACCAGCAUCUGAAAAUCGACAACAAUCGGCAUAAACACAGACAACAAUAACGUUCCUCCAUGAACCACGAUUAUUGACAAAAUAUUCGAGGUAGAAAGCCAUCGUUCUUCUUAUUCGAAAGGUGAAACUGUGUUGUGAAAUUGGGUAUUCUACAGGUACAAUACGGCAGACAAUACUCUGCGACCCGUUACUUCUGAAUCUUGAGCAACACUCGCCAAUAUAACCUUGACCACCGAAUUCAUUGCCCACUGUUCAGGAGUAAAUAAUCAUGCCAACGACACUAGCCAAAGUGUGCAUUUUUCUCGUCUUGCCCAUAGGCGCUGGGAUCUUGGGAUUGUAUUCCGCGUAUCUGAAACAAUUCAGUGAACCUGAUAGAAAAUUGACGAUCGAAGCUGAUUUUGGGCUUCCAUUCAUGCUUACGCUUCUGCUCGUUGUGGUAGUCGGCUUUCAAACGAACGGAUACAACACGUCGAAAGUGAAUCCAUUGAUUCGUUGGCCAAAGGUGAAGAGAACACGGAAAUUCAUUCACAAACACGUUGUAAAGGGGCAAGACGAUGACGAUGAAAAAGAUGCAGAAUUGAAGAAGAAUGAAUAGAAUGACGUUUUAAAA